AUGGCGGGCACGCCAAACGGAGGCUGGGCCCUGCCUGAGAAGCGUGACGCGGAUCGUCUGAGGGAGAGAUGUAAGGAGAGGGAUGCUCCCGAAAGGCGGCCAGGGACCUGGGCGUGUCCACCGUCCAGCGCCUCGCAAGGUCGGAAUUCUCAGAACCGCACGGAAAAGCACUUGUCCGCGCGUCGUGGCCUUUGGGAACAGGUGUUCCCACUUCCCGGAAUACCACCGCCCACUGUGCGCUUCACCAGCAUGCACGGGCCUGGGCUCGGCCACACGCAGUCCCACUCUUCCCUGACCCCGACGCCCCUCCGUCUGCUGGCAGUCACGCCGCUGUACCGUCUGUCUACGCGCACCCAACACCCAGCGCCUGGAGCGUCCCGGGCAGCGGACGGAACCGCCUCACGAGCAUCUAAGCGCGCUAUCUACACCGCGGGGCUGCGGCGCCCUCGAGGACUAAGUGGGUAUUUCAUUCCCUUUCGGACCCCAGGGGCCCAGACCGGUGCCGGGCAGGCCGCGGAGGCGCGUCGCCCGGUCUGUCGAGCGCCGUCUCCCGGCUCUCCCGGGUCCCCCCACGGUCCCCCCGCCAGGACAGCUCCCGAACCCCCGCGCUCAGAGCCGCUCCCGUCCGGCCCCCACCCCUACCCGGCAGCCAGUGUCCGGCGGGGUGACCGUCCCGGCCGCGCUCGGGGUCGCGGGGUCGGGAGGCCCGGGGCAGGGCGCGCGCGGGGACGGCCCUCGCGGAGCAGGUGGGGAAAUGGAGGCGGGUUGAGCGGGGCGCUCGGCCGGCCCAAGGUCACAGGCCGGCUCAACGCGUCCGCCCGGCCCGCGGGCCGCAGCAGCCUCGGGGCCCGGCCCCCGCCCCGCCGCGCCGCGCCGGGGGGAGGUCUCACCGCGGCCGCUCGCUCCGCGCUCGCCCCGCGCCGCGCUCCCCGCCGCCGAGCUCUCCGCGUCCCGGGCGGCGGAGGCCGGCGCUUCCACUUCCGGCGCGCUCGGCCAAUCAGCGCGCGCCGCCGGCGGCUGAGGAGCAGGUGGGCGGCCCGACCCGCCCCCCCGCGCCCUCCCCGGGAUCCCCCCGGACCGCCCCGGAACCCCCCAGCGCCGCCUCGCCGCCCCCCGCGGAGUCUGCUCACCGGAGAGGUACCCCCAGCGCCCGCGUCCCCCGCACCCCGCGGAACCACCGACGAGCAGGGUCCUCCGACCGGCCUAGAACGGCCCCGGGGACGCACUUCCGCCGCGGGGCCGGCCGCUCUGCGCGCCCCAGUCGCUGCCCCCGCGUCCACCUGCGCCCGAGCGGGCGGCGGCCGCUUCGCCCUGGGCGCCCCAUCCCCGCGGCCCUCAGCCCGUCAGGCCCCUUUCCGGAGCGCCGAGGGCCUGGCGGGCGCGGACCCCUGCAUCCCGGAGCGCGGCGAGCAGGGAGCCCGCUCGGAGGGCCUGCUCGCGGGAGCGCCCUGGGGUCAGCGUGCGGGCCACCGCCGGCCGCACUUAUCCUCCGCCGGGCACCGUGCAUUCCGCAUCCUCCGCCGGCCCGGCUCGCCCCAGCCCCGGGCCUCGGCCUCUGAGCUCCCACGUCGCGUCGGCUUCCCCAGCGGCUCGCCGGCACUUCGCACGACCCCCGCUGCAACCUGCGCUGCCUGCACCCAGCCCAUGGGCCGCGGCGGUAGCCACUGCGCGCACCAGGCAUCCCAAGGAAGGAUGCCCGGCCACGCAGCCCGACCCCGGGACCGGCAGGAGGAGGGGCGCGGGCGUCCGUCCGUCCUCGCAGGCCUCAGCGUGAGAGCAGCCGCGGGCCCCCCGCUCCCGCCCCGCCCGGAGACCGCUCCCCAGGACGCCGGCUCCCAGGGGGCGCUCGCUGCGGGGGCGCCGGGGCGCCGAGCAACCGCGCAGGUUCCGACGGGAAGGAAACUCAGACCCGGGUCUGCCCGCGCCUUCCGCAAGUCCCCGCCAGGGGAACAACAGGAGGGCUGCAGGGAGCGGUUCCGGCGGGCGCAGGUGCGGGCGGUGCGGACCGCCGAGCUGAAGAAGCGCUUUGCCGUCGGGCCCCUCGGGGCCGACCUCGCUGUGCGGCGCCCCCUCCUCUCCCUGCUCAGAACAAGGGAACCGGAAGGCGCCCGCCGCGGGCCCCCCGCAGGUACUGGCCCUCCGUGCUUUACCUCACGGAUCUUCCCGGCGGCGUCACGGAGGUCGGGCCCGGGCCGGCGGGGAAGCGGCGGCUAA